GCGAAGCGCGUCUCUAAAACCCCGUAAAAACCCUCGUACCGUUGUCUCGCUCAGUCAGCUGAAUCAAUGGCGGCAUUAGAGCUUCUCCUCUCUCAUGCUCGCCGCCAUUGCACCACCAGAGCCAAAGCUUCACUUCUAGGGUUUCACAGAUCUCUCUGUUCAUCAUCGUCAUCAUCAUCAAAUCCAGACCCGCCUCAACCCGAUGAGCCCCUAAAGAGAAGCACUGAAUCGGCGCCAAUCCAAAGCGUUUCCUACGCCAUGAAACCGAAAGACCAAUCCCCACCAAGCCCAGAGAAUCCUCAACCCCAAACACCGUCGCCGCAGCCGCCGCUCCCACGGCGGCCGAGGCAGCCCGAGUCCGACUGGGGCAGCGCGGAGAGUCGCUCGAUGUGGACUCGAGAAGACAUGCGGUACGUGAAGGACGCGCCUUCGAUCUCGCCUGUGUCGUAUCCGACCCGGGUGGCGCCGCUGCCGGAGGACAGAGUUACAGCGGAGGCGGAGGAGGAAGUGGGGAAGAGGGAGAGUGAGGAGAUGGAGAAAGAAAGGAUCAGAAUUGAGGCAGAGAAUCGGAUUAGAAGAAGGGUUUUUCGAGUUGAAGAAGAGAAGGCUUUUCCAUUUCCUAGGCUGAUAAAGGUGGAGAAGAAGCAGGAACAGAAGGUUAUUCUUGAUUUGAUGGAUGCCAUUAGAGAAGUGAAGGCUAAUGCAAAUCGGAACUUUGAUGAAACUAUUGAAGCACAUGUGAGAUUGGGUAUUGAUCGACGCCGAAGUGACAUGACGGUUAGGGGUGCUGCAACUCUGCCUCAUGGUUCUGGGAAGGUUGUCAGGGUGGCUGUCUUUGCUGAAGGAACAGCUGCAGAAGAAGCUAGGGCUGCAGGAGCUGAUAUCGUUGGUGGUGAUGACCUUAUUGACGAAAUCAAGAAUCUCCACCAAGGUGGUGGCAAGCUCAAUUUCGACAGGUGUAUUGCAACUCCUCAAAUGAUGCCCCGUCUUACAAAGAUAUCAAGGAUUCUUCGUAGUUUGAUGCCAAACGCUAAUCGAGGUUCUGUGACUGUUGAUAUUGCUAAGGCAGUAGGAGAGGCAAAACGAGGUCGUGUGGAAUUUAAAAUGGACAAAACUGCAAUUGUGCAUGUUGGGCUUGGAAAGGUGAGUUUCUCAGAAAAGGUUCUACGGGAGAACAUUGGUGCAUUUGUGAAUGCUCUUUUGCUUGCAAAGCCAGCAGGCCUAAAGAAGACUUCCAAGUAUGCUGGGUAUGUGAACGCCUUCCAUUUAUGCAGUACGAUGGGGCCAGGAUUCCCAGUUUCGAUACAGUCAUUAUCCAUGGCCGCAGACCACUACAACAAGCUGCAUGCCCAAUAAUGUGAUUCAGUGGCCAGCUGAUAUCUUAAAACCAGAUUCUCACAUAAAACCCCUUGUUGAAGGGUAUUCCAAAUUUUCCUCAUUCUCUUUAAAGUUGCUUAUGAAUUUCCAUCAUCAUUUUUGGGUAAUGGCUGCAUCCCAGCUGAGAGUUGAGAAGUAGUUAUUUGAUUUGGCUCUUGCUUUACCUUCUGUUGUUAUAGGGAUGAGAAUUCAUGCAUCCUGUCUGAAAUAGAAUUGAAUUGAAUGUUAGUUGGAAGCUUAAUCUGAGACUUAAGUGAAACAAAAAUCCUUUCCCCCUUCUAUUGAUUGGUUAUAUAUAUGGCACAUCUCUCUGUUGGAAUC